AAACAACGUAGUCGCGCUUGCCUAACCAAGAUGUGUGAUUAGUAGUGAGUGUGUGAUAUAAACUGUAGUGAUUCCAACGAAAGGUCAGUGGCUCAUCGACCACUCAAGUGAUCCCCACUCGCAAUGAGAUUGAUCUGGCUGCAGCUCCUGGCUGCUGGGGUUGCUCUCUAUCUGGCAAACGGUUGUGCAACGGCCGCCAAGGCAUCCACAAGCCGCGGAGUUGCACAAUACAAGCUCCCGCUCCCUGCUCCAUUGCCAGACCACGAAUCUGUCGCGGUUUCAGGCGCGGAUCAGGCUAGGCGACAGCAGCAGCAGCAGCAGAAGGGAGCAUCCAACCAGCGAAGGCGCACUCAGGUCGUGCGGCGGCGCAGGCCCUCCUCUACAACAACUACUUCAUCCACCUCAACCACAACGACAACCACAUCGACAACAACUACAACGACGACAACAACAACUCCGCGUCCCAGCCUGGCCAACGGCUUCAACUUCUUUAAUCGGAACUUCUGGAGUUUCGGCCAGCAGAGUCUGGUGGCAGUGCGUCCGCCCACCAAGCAGGCCCAUCCGCCGAAAAAGUUUAGUCCCAAGGACGAAAAGUCCGGCCAACGAAAAGUGGCCAAGACCACUAGGAAACCGAUGGAUCAGAGAACGAGUACAACUAGUCGAAGCGCAACAACAACUAGCACACAAAAACCCACUACAGAUGGACCCUUUCGCAUUGCACUGCCCACCUUGAACUUCCCACGCGACAACCAGGAUAAGAACAGGGAUAGGGAAACGGAGAAGGGCAAGAGGUCGGCUGCCGAGCUGCGCUUGAGGUUCGAUUGUCCGCGGGAGAACGAGGUGAGGUUCCAGCUAUUCCCCAAGAUCUGCAAGGCGGAUCGAGACUGUGCCGUGUGGCAACGGGAUGAGCUGUGCUGUGAUAUCUUUGGAGCAAGCAGCUGUGUCUCUGGCGUUCCAAAGCCGCUAGAGGAGACUCCACAUGCUCCCAUUCUGGGCUUGAUACCUCGCAAGUGCCCGAGUAGACCGCUCGCCGAGCUCUGGUGGGACGUCCAGGAGUGCUCCACAGACAUGGACUGCUGGCCAAGGGUCUGUUGCCCGGAUGGGCGUAGGAGAUACUGCCGCACCUCGCAGCCGGAGUUGGAAACAGCUCCAGUGCCAGUGAAGCGAUCCUUCGACUAUCUUACAGAGUACCUGGAGUGCACAGCCCCGCCGCCGCCCAUCUUUGACCUUCAUCCCAAGGCGUGCACCUCCACCUUGGAUUGCUUUCCGAAUGUGUGCUGCCAGGAGGCGGGACUGCGCCACUGCCGGCCGCCCAAGAAGUCCGUGCUCACACUGAUGGCCAACUUUCUCAACGUGGACUUCGUGAAGCGACUGGCACAGAAUAUCGUUAUCAAGUAGGGCGAACCGUGAAUUUCCCACUAUUUUUCAACGUGCGUCGAGCACCUUCGACAGAACCAUUUCGAAACCGCCGUGAAAUCUCGCCCGGGUUUGUUUGGCCACGCUGAUAACCAAAAAGAAGAUAUGCCCACACCCAUACCAUUCAUAGACAUACAUAUGUAUGCACCUUUGUAUACUGCGCACCCCAUCCAUUCGUAAUUCUCCAUUAAGUAUUGUUCACCUAGCCUAGUAUUAGACCUAAGCUGCAUUCGUAGGCUAGCAAAGUAAAUAAAGUAUAUAUGUAUGUAUACGAACCAU